UGGUUGUUUGGGGGGAUUGUUUUGACUGUGACACUGCCUGAACUACAAUAGUGUAACGCUGAAUGUCCUCCGGCUGUCUCUGUGAGAGAGGCAAGGACUGCUGACUGCUGUGUUGAUGGAGCCAAGAGCUCGGAACCGGGGGUCUGGCAGGGGAGGUGGCAGAGGUGGCUGGAGGCGAAAUGCUGGGGAAAAGCAGAACCGAGACGGCGGCGACGGCAGCGAAACGGGAGCACCUGAACACCGUGGCAGAGGGAGGGGAGGCGCUCACCGUGGAAGGGGAAGACAGGAGCAUCGCGGGCGGGGACACACAUCAGCUAGCGGGAGAAUAAGUGAAAAGCAGGUUGAGGAAGAGGUGGAUGUGAAACACAGUGACGAUGAAGAUUUUGGGCCCAGUGUCUUUUCUCGGAGGAAGCUGGUUUCGAACUGGGACCGCUAUGAGGCAGCUGAGAAGGAGGAGGUCGGGGAGAGUGGACAGUCACAGCGAGGAGCAGACUUCAGUGUCCUCCUCAGCUCUGCAGGUGAUUUUUUCACUCAGUUUCGAUUUGCUGAAGAAAAAGAAUGGGAGAUUGACACCCCAGCUAACAAUCAGAUGUCGGCUCUGUAUGUUGACUGCCAGUCUUUGGCCCAGUCCCUUCAAGAGCUCCCUCUUCACCUGAGGUUAAACCUGGAGGCUGAACUGGUCCAGGUAACAACCCCUGUGGAACUACCCCCGGUGAUGAUUAACAGCAAGAAGGAAGAUGUGACUGUCGCUCAGUUCAGAGGUCCCUCGGCUGGGAAGUCUGAGUCCUUCCUGUCUUCUGCUGCAGCUUCCCCCUUCACCAGUUCUGUAACCCUCGCUGACCCGCUGUGCUCCGCUGCACCCCAGCCAGCAGCAGAUGAGCUAGAUGAAGAACUUGACGUGCUUCUUACUUUAGAAGACCCAGUUCAGACCGCUAAAAACAGCCUUCUGCCAGAUACUACAGCCCAAGACAUGGAAACUGUGGACAUCAUUGCUGCUGCAGAUCCAGUGUCUGAGCAUGGCAAGGAAGCUUCUGCAGGAGACAUGACCAUGAAGAAGGAAAUCACUGAGGACGAGCUGGAGGACUGGCUGGACAGCAUGAUAUCUUGAUGCUCAAAAGGCAGGACUGCCAGACUCAACCGUAUCAAACAACCAAGUGCCAAGGCGAGGACUAGCAUGCCCAUCACAAAGCACUUCAGUGACCAUCGCAUAAAAAUCUGGACGCACAAAUACGCCCAUGCCUUUUUGUUCUUUCAGUUCCACAGUUGCUUGGUGACAGUCCUAGCUUAGGAACUAGACUCGCUUUGUUUCCUUGUUCUGGGGCAUGAUGCUUCCCAGUGCCUAAGCAUACAGGUCGUAAAACUUUUGAAGAACAAAAUGCAACAAGAAAGGCAAUGUAUCUCUUUAGUUUUAACUAGGUUGUGCAGGACAGGGGUGUUGCUAUAUCCUGUAUGUCUAAGCUAGGGGCCCUAGCUUUAUCAGCUCCCUCUUUGUGUUCAGUGCCCUAUCCAGGGGUCAGGACCAUGGGACUGUCAGGCUAAUGGGUCAUAACACAGGGCCAUUGAAUUUAGUGCUACCUGCUAGCCAUAAAAGCAAUUGCUUUUAAUGACGGCUAUUAAACAGGAACCAGGGCAUGAAUUAAAUGAUUGCUGCAUUCUACUUGUAAAAGAUGACAAGACUGUGUGUCAUUCAGCCUUGCCCAAAGCACAUGCACUACAGCUUCUCAAAUUGUACCUGUAAAACUGUGGUUUGCUUUAUUGAUCUAUAAUUAAAGCAUAAACUGAAUGGAA